UCACAUGGUCAGAGGACGGCUGUGCUGUAUGUCAGUGACGGGCAGAUGGGUGGGUUCCUUAAAUGGAAAGUAUGAGUCCCACCCACACCAACAGUUAAACACAGUCAAUACUGAGACUACUGGGCACAGAAAUACUUCUUCCAGGAAGAGACUGCGAGCAGACUAAAGCAUGAGCUACCCUGGAUACCCCCCUCAGGCAGGUGGAUACCCACCUCAGCCUGGAGCUUACCCUCCUCAAGCAGGCGGCUACCCACCACAGGCUGGUGGCUACCCUCCCCAGGCUGGUGGCUACCCUCCCCAGGCUGGUGGCUAUCCUCCACAGGCUGGUGGCUACCCUCCCCAGGCUGGUGGCUACCCUCCCCAGGCUGGUGGCUACCCUCCCCAGGCUGGAGGCUACCCACCACAGGCCGGAGGCUAUCCUCCACAGGCUGGAGGCUACCCACCACAGGCUGGGGGCUACCCACAGGCUCCACCAGCAGGCAGCUGGGGAGGGGGUCCUGCUGGUGGGUAUCCCUCCAUUGGUCUUAACAGUUUAUCCCAACCUGGAUACAAUGCUGGCAUGCCAGGAGGGGGCAUGCCCCAACCCCAAGGCCCAGGGAUGGGCUACCCAGGUCAGCCUGGCCAGCCAAUGCCAGGAUACCCACAGGCACCAUCACCCAAUCCACCCAUGCCUGGAUAUGGAGGAGCACCAGCACAAGCACCAAUGUAUCCAAAGGUCCCUUCACCAAAUCCGUCCAUGCCAGGUUACGGAGGAGGAGGAGGAGGAUCCAUGCCAAUAGCUCCAGCUAUUAAUAGAGGAUUCAGGGGAACCAUCAGAGACUUUCCUGGAGCUGAUCCACUCAAAGACGUUGAUGUCCUGAGGAAGGCCAUGAAGGGUUUUGGAACUGAUGAGCAAGCCAUCAUUGACAUACUGGGGAGUCGCUCCAACAAGCAGCGUGUGCCUAUGCUCCGCGCCUACAAAACCUCCUAUGGGAAGGAUCUGAUAAAGGACCUGCAUUCAGAGCUGUCUGGAGACUUCAGGAAGCUUGUCAUGGCCACAUUGAAGAGCCCGGCUGAGUUUGAUGCCUAUGAGCUCAACAGUGCCAUAAAGGGAGCUGGAACUGAUGAAGCCUGCCUGAUAGAGAUCCUCUCCUCCCGCUCCAAUGCUGAAAUCAAGGAGAUAAACCGCAUUUACAAACAAGAAUACAAGAAGACACUGGAGGAUGCCAUUACUGGAGAUACCUCAGGCCACUUCCGCAGACUCCUGGUCUCCCUCGCCCAGGGUAACCGUGACGAACGAGAACAUGUUGAUGUCUCUGUGGCAAAACAAGACGCUCAGGCCCUGUAUUCUGCUGGAGAGAAUAAGCUGGGAACAGAUGAAUCCAAAUUCAAUGCAAUUUUGUGUGCCAGGAGCAAAUCCCACCUCAGAGCCGUGUUCCUUGAGUACCAGCACAUGUGUGGCAGAGAUAUUGAGAAGAGCAUCAACAGGGAGAUGUCUGGAGACCUUGAGAGUGGCAUGUUGGCAGUCGUGAAGUGUAUUAAGAACACGUCCGCCUACUUUGCUGAGCGGCUUUACAAGGCCAUGAAGGGAGCUGGAACCAAAGACAAAACCCUGAUCCGGAUCAUGGUUACCCGCUCUGAGGUUGACAUGCUGGAUAUUCGCCAGGAAUAUAUUAAAAACUACGGCAAGUCGCUGUACACACACAUCUCUGGAGACACAUCAGGAGACUACAAGAAGCUCCUACUGAAGUUCUGCGGCGGCAGUGACUGAAAAGGGAAUCUUAUCUACUACAUUAUGGAAAUGUUUUUUAUAUAUCAAUUUCUUGCUUAUCUAUAUGCACUAUACACAAAUUGCAAACCUGCAUGCCAUGCCAGUUCUAUCAAUGUAAUGUCAAAGUUUACCCUUUUUUAAGAACCUCAAUAUUGCUACAUAUUGUUUCUUUUCUGAACACAUAUGCACUAAAGUUUUAUAUUUUCACUUUUUACUUCUGUUAUGAAUAUUUGUGUUGAAUAUUUGCAGCCAGGCCAUACAAUCAGUAUACUGCAGGUGAAUUUAAAUUGCAAGAGCUAUAUAUUUUUUAGAUACUUCAUUUUAAACCGUGCCAAUAUAAUCAGAUAUCUCAUGAUAUCUGGCACUUUACCAGCUACUUUCUGAUGUCCAGCUGAGCUGAAAAGAGUCUGAGACAUAGAAUACAAAGCAGCUAAGUACCAAAGUUGUCUGUCUAUUUUUGCAAAUGUAUAAUCUCCUCUAUAUUUUAUCUACUCUGUUUUUGAAAACAAAAAGUUCUGUAAGUGCAUCAGUUGCUUUAUGUUGUUUGAAUAGCAUUGUAGCCUGUAAACUCUCAAGUUUCACAUUUCAUCAUUUGUUUGUGAUUUUACCCUGAUGAGUCUCAGAAAAUAAAAGUUAAGAAUGCACAUAUA